AUGUGCAAUGCUAAGAGGACUUUAAAGGAAGUUACUUGGUCUCCUCCUCUACCAGGAUUUGUUAAAGCGAAUGUUGAUGGUGUUAUGGAUAAGUGGUGGUCGAAGGGUGGCAUUGGUGGGUUGAUUAGAGAUGAGAAAGGAGGGAUGUUGGUAUCGUUCUAUGAAGGUAUUGGAUCCAGACCUACUAUUAUGGAAGAGUUGAUGGCGAUAAAAAGAGGCUUGAAUUUGUUUUGGAUUUGGGGUUAUCGUUAUUGUAGGGGCGAAGAUAUCUUCUUGAAGCUCAGACCUUUCGAGAGAGAAGAUGGCAGCAUACGAGGAGGACUUACUGGAUACCGACAUGCUUCGCAAGAUGAAACAGCUUACUAUGGUGAUUCAGGAAUCGUUAAGACUUUAUCCGCCGGUAGCCAUAGUGUCAAGGGAAGCAUUGGAGAUAUGAAGUUUGGGGAGAUUUUGGUACCCAAGGGUGUAAAUAUCUGGAUUAUGGUGUUGGCAUUGCACACUGGCCCUGAAAUUUGGUGUAAAGAGGCCUACACAUUCGAUCCGAACAGAUUUGAGGAAGGGAUAGCGGGUGCCUGCAAGCUGCCACAAACGUACAUGCCAUUCGGGGUCGGGCCUCGAGUGUGCCUGGGACAGAACUUGGCGAUGGUUGAACUGAAACUAGUAAUAGCUCUCCUUUUGUGCAAUUUUGCUUCUCCCUUUCUCCCAACUACACCCAUUCUCCGGUUCUAUGGUUGGCGAUAG